GGCACGCGGGGAUCCGUAGUGACGCCACUUGUUGGAAAUUGUCAGAGUGGCAAGAUGGCUACGGAACCAAAUAAGACCGAAAUCUUAACCAUUUUCAAAAGAUUAAGAUCCAUUCCUACAAACAAGGUAUGUUUUGACUGCGCUGCCAAAAACCCCAGCUGGGCGAGUAUAUCCUAUGGUGUGUUCUUGUGCAUUGACUGCUCUGGCAUCCACCGCUCCCUGGGAGUGCAUCUAAGCUUCAUCCGGUCCACCGAGUUAGACUCUAACUGGAACUGGUUUCAGCUUAGAUGUAUGCAGGUUGGAGGCAAUGCCAAUGCGACUGCAUUCUUCCGCCAGCACGGCUGCUCCACAAAUGACACCAACGCCAAGUACAACAGUCGUGCAGCCCAGAUGUACAGGGAGAAGAUUCGGCAGCAAGCAAAUGCUGCGUUGUCUAAAUAUGGCACAGAUCUGUGGAUUGACUCUUCUGCAGGAGGCACUCAGGCGGCUCCUGAGAAGAAAGAGAGUGACUUUUUUGCUGAACAUACACUGCCUGCUAACGACUGGAGCAUGGCGCCGCACUCUGAGCCAGAGCAGAAUGGAGCCACUGUCACUCCACAGCUGACGGACACAACGGCCAAAGGCCAGGAUGACAACCAGCCAGAAGAAGGACCCAGCAUCGACGGUCUGAGCACAUCACCCAAAGCCUCCAUUGAGGACUCCAUGCGUUUGUCAUCACUGGACGGAUCACUUGGGACACCCAAAGAUGUGAAGCCUUCCAUCAUUGGAAAGAAGAAGCCCAUGGCUGCCAAAAAAGGGCUCGGUGCAAAGAAAGGUCUCGGUGCCCAAAAGGUGAGCAGCAAGAGUUUCUCAGAGGUGGAGAAGCAGGCUCAAGUAGCAGAGAAGCUGAGAGAAGAGCAGGCCGCUGAGGCCAAGAAGCAAGCUGAGGAGUCCAUUGUGACCUCGAUGCGUUUGGCUUACAAAGAACUGGAGAUCGACAGGAAGAUGGAGGAAAAAAAGCUUCAGAACCUGGAAGGCAAGAAGCGAGAGCAGGCCGAGAGACUGGGCAUGGGCUUCGGCAACAGGAGUGCUGUGUCUCACUCAGUGAUGUCAGAGAUGCAGGUGAUUGAGCAGGAAACUCCUGUGGGAGCCAAGUCCUCCUCUCGCUCCAAACUGGACAUGUUUGAUGAGCCGGGUUUCACCUCUGGACCCCCGAAAUAUAAGGACAACCCGUUUACAGUGGGAGACAGUUUUGGAUCCAGGUGGGAUACUGAGGGAGGGACCGCCUCCUUUACCACCUCCUGGGCUCUGGAGAAAGAGGACCCCAAAGAGGAGGUCACCAUCUCUAGUAUUCAGCCAAUUGGAGAAAGACUUCCCAGCAGAAGAAAAGCCGAGGUAUCAGCUCCGGUGUCCGAGUCCAGUGAGGCCAGACAGAAGUUCGCGAAUGCCAAGGCGAUCUCUUCGGACAUGUUCUUUGGCCGGGAGAGCAGCGCGGAGUAUGAGGCGAAGACAAGACUGGAGAACAUGUCUGGAAGCACCUCCAUCAGUUCAGCUGACCUGUUCGGGGACGGCAGCGACCAUAAAGGGAGGGCGUCGGGCUUUGACAGUGUGCUCCCCUCCGGGCCGGACAUCGCACAAUUCAAACAAGGAGUCAAGACCGUAGCGGGCAAGAUGGCUGUCCUCGCCAACGGUGUCAUGAAUACAAUCCAGGAUCGCUACGGCUCCUACUGAUCGGCCCCGAGAGGCUAGCAGCAACCUGUGGGAAGACAUGCUAACUAACGCCUGUGUAGAGCCAACCAGCCUCCUCACUGACACAAGCAUUUUGGCGAAGUAGAUGGGACGAGAGCGAGACGGGACGCAGAAAGGAUUGCAUGGGGAAAAGAAAUCGUCCCUCUCGCUCGUCCUCUUUUAGAGACAAUUUUACAGGAGUGAAGACAGCGUUUUCUUCUCUCAUUCUCAUCUGCAGACUCCUGAGUUUUAUUUUCAUAAAGGAAACGAUUGAAAGGUGUAAUCUUUUCUAAACCAAGAGUGAAGUUGUAAUUUACUGUUGAGAUUUUUUUUUUUUUUUUGGGUCUUAGUUUUCAAACUGACGUCGGAGUUAAUUCUACUACAUUUUAUUCCUUAUACAUAAAGUGUUGUUUUUGAUUGAUAUUAUCAGAUACUUCAUUCUUAAGAUGUUUCUUUGUUUUUGUUUCGUUGUGAUAUUAAAAAAGUUGCAGUAUAUAUUUUCAACUUUAAGGAUUAAUUUGAACAACAAAUCCACAACGUUGCAUUCAGUGUCGCUGCUGUACACUUACACUAGAGUUUGUCCACAGGUUGUUGUUUUUUUUUCAUUUACAUAAAGCACUGUCUUGACGAUUUCACACAAUUUGUGAGCUUGGACUUCUGAGCAUUUCUGCCUGGGUGAAAGUAUAUGAAACAUUGGAGCAUCAAACAUUUGAUGUCCUAGCUGCUAGGGUUAUUUAUUAUCUGUCUUUUUAAAAAUGGUUGAACACACAAGUGGUCCAGCGUCUAAUUUGUUGGCCACGGCCGGCCCACUCGUGUUCCAACAUACAUGACAAACGAAUUAGAAAUUAGUGAUUAAACCCAAACAGUAGUUGUAAAAAAAGAGACAUCAAAUGAGCAUGAAGUGUCAUUUAAAGUAUUUAGAUAAUAAGGAAAACCUUGAUCCUUGAAGUCAGAACGUGCAGAGUCCCAGCUCAUAAAACCAUGACACGGUUUUGACUAUGCAUCACCAUGUUACGACCUUCGAAGGCGUCUGACUUCGAUGUCUUGCGGGUUGAAUCUGAAGUCUGCCUCGGUGUACCUCAACCCCCGAAAAAAAAACCACCACAUUUUUCCUGCCUUUUUUUUCCCUCCCUCAGUAGUUUAACCUUUUUAUUUUGGAAGGCUGAUGACUGAAAGUUUACGGUUUUUUUCUGCUCUGUUUCAGACGUAUUGGCCAAUGAAAAAAUAUUCCUGAUAUUCACGGUGUAAAACAAAUCGUAAUGAUUGUACAUAUAACAGAUUUUGAGACAAAAUCUUUUGUCUUCGGGAAAAGGAACCGUUUCAGUAUUUCUCUAAUACUGUUGAACUGAAUUUCAAGUGAAUACAACAAAAGCCGUCUAGUAUGAACCCUUGUGAUAAACCACUUCCUCAGCGAGGUGUCACAGCUUACAUCUCUUACCAGUUUCCUGAUUGUGAUGCAGCUAAACCUCAGUACCUUCCCCCUGUGUGUUCCCGGCAGACUUGACAUUCAACAAGUUUUUGAAAGGCCUGAUGAGAGGUCUGAAAACCGGUUUGUAAUUUUCUUUGAUAGAUCAGAUGGUCAUAUUUUUUUUUUUUUCCUAGCGUGGCCAUGCCUGUGUAUGUCCCACCCGUGAUAAACUCUCCGAAAAGUAACCCACAUGUGGACUCAAAGGAUGAAACAUUAAACUAUUUAUUUGUAGGCUACAAAAAGAAACUUAUUCGGUAUGUUAAUAAAGAUUCAAAACCU